AUGCCUCGCCUCACCGAAUUCCAACAUCUCCCGAUCCCGACACCUAAGACAUUCAAUGUGAAUCUAUUGGAGGGAUGGUUGCAGCGCUGGCCUGAGCAGGACGUACUAUGGCCUGACCAGGAGGCAGAGGUCAAGUUGACAGAAGAUCAGAAGAAAGAGCUAUGUUUAGCUGAAAAAGACCGCGAAUAUCUGGCUUCGGUGGGCGUGGCUUCGCCCAAGGCGCGCCCGUUCGAUGUAUGGUUGUUCAGGUUGUUGCGGGACUCAGGACGGACAUUGCGUCAAGUACCCAAAUGGCCCGCCAUCUUUAUGGUAGUAAACAUAAUUUUUGCUCAUGUUCACAAAGGCGAGAGCUCAUCAAUGUAA